AUGAGAUCUAGGGCCCAAAAACCGCACGCAGUUUGCGUGCCCUACCCGGCACAAGGCCACAUCAAUCCGAUGUUCAAGGUCGCUAAACUUCUCCACGAAAAAGGCUUCCAUGUCACCUUCAUCAACACCAUCUACAAUCACAAUCGCUUUCUCCGAUUCCGUGGGCCCAACGCACUCGACGGGAUUCCUUCUUUCCGGUUUGAGUCAAUCCCUGACGGUCUACCAGAUACUGACGUGGAUACCACGCAAGACAUCCCUACCCUUUGCGAGUCCACCAUUAAGAACUGUCUCGCUCCGUUCAAAGAGCUCCUCCGGCGGAUUAAUGCCGGAGACGAUGUUCCUCCGGUGAGCUGUAUCGUAUCCGAUGGUUGUAUGAGUUUCACUCUUGAUGCUGCAGAGGAGCUUGGAGUCCCAGAGGUUCUUUUCUGGACAACCAGUGCUUGUGGCUUCUUGGCUUAUUUACACUUCUAUCGCUUCAUAGAGAAGGGGUUAUCUCCUCUAAAAGAUGAAAGUUACUUGACCAAGGAGCACUUAGACACAAAAAUAGAUUGGAUACCAUCGAUGAGGAACCUACGACUAAGAGACAUCCCUAGCUUCAUCUGUGCGACUAAUCCUGAAGACAUAAUGCUCAACUUUUUUAUCCAUGAGGCUGACCGAGCCAAACAUGCUUCUGCUAUCAUUCUCAACACUUUCGAUGACCUUGAGCAUGAUGUCAUCCAAUAUAUGCAAUCCAUUUUACCUCCGAUUUACUCUAUUGGACCGUUACAUCUAUUAGUGAAGCGGGAGUUCCACGAGGAUAGUGAGCUCGGACGGAUGGGAUCAAACUUGUGGAGAGAGGAGUCAGAGUGUUUGAAUUGGCUUGAUACUAAGUCUCCAAAUAGCGUCGUAUAUGUUAACUUUGGUAGCCUACCGGUGAUGAGCGCAAAACAUCUUGUGGAAUUUGCUUGGGGUUUAGCGGCAACAAGAAAAGAUUUUUUGUGGGUGAUCCGACCGGAUUUAGUAGUUGGUGAUGUGGCAAUGGUUCCGCCAGAGUUUUUAAUAGAGACCAUGGAUUGUAGGAUGUUAGCGAGUUGGUGUCCUCAGGAGAAAGUCCUUUCUCACCCGGCGGUCGGAGGAUUCUUAACGCAUAGUGGAUGGAACUCAACUCUAGAGAGUCUCUCCAGCGGAGUUCCAAUGGUUUGUUGGCCGUUCUUUGCAGAGCAACGAACAAAUUGUAAGUUUUGCUGCGAUGAUUGGGAGGUUGGGAUAGAGGUUGGCGGAGAUGUGAGGAGGGAGGAGGUUGAAGCGGUGGUUAGAGAGCUUAUGGACGGAGAGAAAGGAAAGAAAAUGAGAAAGAAGGCGGAAGAGUGGCAACACUUGGCGGAGGAAGCGAUAGAGCUUAACCGUGGCUCGUCGGAAUUGAAUUUUGAGAUGGUUGUUAAUAAGGUUCUCUUAGGAGAGUAG